AGCAGAGAAGAAAACAGAGCUGAGACAGACCCAACACAGCAGACGCUAUCAAUGACAUGUGAGUACUUUAUUCUUUACACAUUUAAUAGCACUCUCCUUAGUUUGUAAGGUAUGUAAACAAUUUGGAAAGAAACAUGAAGGAGACAGUCUUUGUUUUUAGUGGGCCAGAUUAAAUUAUACGACGAGCAGGAUCUGGGUCUGGAGUCUUGAGUUUCGCACUUGUAUGUCAGAGCUCAAGCGUGACAAAAGAUAAAUGAGCUUUUAAAAAAGAAAAAAACAAAACGUAUUCACAAAGGAAUGAAAGUACAGAAUCAAACAUCUGCUUACUUGUGAACUAUCAGUGAGAAAUUUAAUCAAUGAUCAAUUGUUUAAUUUGUGAUAUUCUUCCAGGGUUUAGUCAUGUGACAUUUGGUAGGCUCCCCAACUUGUCUCCAUGGCCGGCAGCGCUCCGUACACGCCCCUCACACUCAUUAAGCCGUGACCCGUCCCAACCCGAAAUAACUUCCAUUCUGGACUGGCUGAGCCCCAGCAUACCGUCCACAUUGCAUCCGCUGUUGGAAGGCAGCAAGUGUGUGAGGACGACGAAGAAGAUGGGUGUUAGGAUCUGAGAGCAAGACAAUACAGUCACAUUUUGCUCUUGAGGAUUUUAUUUUGGAUUGCAAUAAUCACCUGGAAGAACUUUUUACUACAAGAAGCCGGCGAGGGCCUGACUACUGUAAGAGUACGUAUGAUCUCUCAGCCAAUUGCAGACAUUUUUCAUUCUACACACACUGGUCACAAGGCCUCAAGAAGCGUGGGGAAGUCAGCAGAGAAAACGGGGCACGAGCCGUCACGACGACAAUGCCCGCUGAUAGAUUUCACUUCAUGAAGAGCCAGACACCAAGGACGGAAAAGGUUUCAACAUUUGCUUCAGACUAAAUUUGUAUUCACUUCCACCGCCCAGUGAUGGAUUCACAAAGCGGCCCAUACUUGAACAUGAGGGCGCUCCUCUCACCUCUGGGCGCUGCCCGCCUUUGUCAGCUGGCAAUGGGCUGUGCCGCGAUCGCCAUGGUGAUCCACACCGCGGGGUACAGCGGUUCCCACGGCGUGUUCUGCAUGGCCGUGUGGUGCUUCUGCUUUGCCAUGUCAGUGGUGGUCUUCUUCUUGGAUGCCACGCGUCUCUACAGCUGUCUGCCGGUUUCCUGGGACAAUCUCACCGUCACGUGUGCAGCCUUUGCCACGCUCGUGUAUGUGACGGCCUCGGUGGUCUACCCCCUCUUCUUCGUCCGGUCCGAGUGUCCUUACGCCGGCUGUGACGUCCGCAAUUUCCGCAUCGCGGUCACCGUCUGCUCCAUCCUCGGGACUCUGGCCUACGGGGCCGAGGUGGCCCUGUGCCGAGCCAGACCGGGCCAAGCCGUGGCGGGUUACAUGGCAACGGUCUCCGGCCUCCUCAAAGUGGUCCAAGGCUUUGUGGCCUGCGUCAUCUUUGGCGCCCUGGCUAACGGGAGCCAGUAUUACCUCUACGCCGCCACAAUCUAUUGCGUGGUCGUCUACGCUUUCUGCUUUACUCUGACUGCGUUGGUGGUCAUCAUGUCGGUGUGCGGGCGCACCAAGACGGUGCGCUGCAUGCCCUUUGAUCGUUUCGUGGUGGUGUGCACCCUGCUGGAGGUGCUGCUCUACCUGAGCGCAUCAGUGGUUUGGCCCGUGUUCUGCUUCGACACCAAAUACGGUUCACCCUGGCGACCGUCCUCAUGUCCUCAAGGGAAGUGCCCAUGGGACAGCAAAGUGGUGGUGGCCGUUUUCUCCUUUGUCAACUUGGCGCUCUAUGUGGCGGACCUCGUCUACUCGCAGAGGAUACGAUUUGUCACUUCACAUUUGGCCAACGCCCCACGUCGGCCGUAACACUUGGGCAGUCGGGAGGUGGUUCGUAGCUUUUUAAAAAAAUCUUUUUGCAGAGCAAUUUCCUUGUUAAAAACAUUUUUGUUGUACAACUAUGGUCAUUUACAGAAAAAGCAAAUAUUUGAAAUGGCAACACAAAUUUUUUGAAACUAUUACUGUUAUUCGGGAUUGUCGCCAAGGAGUUUGGCCCUUCAAAUGGCGCAAAUUUAACCAUCUCCUUUUUUUAGGUCCCCUGUCUGUCAUGAGCUCUUAAAAUUGUCAUCAUCAAGCUCAGACACAGAAAGCUCUAAAGCAGAGGUCCCCAACCAUCGGCGCGCGGAUCGGUACAGCAGAAUUUCACUGUUUGAAAUGAAUGGAGAAAAAAAAAUCAAUGUGAGUAAAAUGUUUAAAUUAUUGUCUUUGUUGUCAGUACCAGUGCUUUAAAACUGGCUCUUUAAAAGCAAUGAAAAAAAUGGUUUGCCGGUCCACAAGCAGCAUGUACUUGUCUCAACUGGUCCGUGUCCGUGACACAAAAUCGGUUGGGGUCCACUGCUCUAAAGGGCACUAAAGUAUUCCCCAACUCCCGAGGAACCUCCAAAGCAGGAACAUAUACCUUGCGUCACAUCAUGAACCAACUUCUAGGACAAUGACAAGUGUCCAAAAGACUUUCAGUCUGAUAUGCCAGGAAUCGGUCAGCAUGGUGUUUCAUUACAUCAAGUGACAUUUACCAGAUUCUGUCCUGGCAGGCAUAUCACAAGGAUCAUUUUGAUAAGACUGAGAGUGAAACUUUUCAAAAUGCGGAAAAGAAAAAUCUUCAGUUUUUCACAAGAUUGUUGUCAAGUUCAGUAUGGAUGCUCUCCGGAAUGUGAACUCGGAAUGUAAUCAACACAUGUGCUUGACCACACCCCCAAAAAAGUGGCAGCUUGGUCCUUUGUACUGACCCCUCCUACCCUCUGAGGGGAUUAGGCUGACUAGACAGCCUCACCCAAGUGACCAGUUGCUAUGUGCCACAUGCGUCACCUCAGUCUUGAAUGGGGCACUCAUGUGGCCUAAUGCUUACUUUACUUUUGCAUCCCUUGCAAAAUAAUGCAUACAAGUGUGGAAUAUAAAUAGGAGAUCUGCCAGUGGCAUCCGUGGUAUGGCUGUAUUUUGAAAAGCUAACGCUAGGUGAAAAUUAUGUUACUGAAAAU